AUGAGCAUUGCGUUCCCAGUCAGCCGCCGAGUCGGGGCUUCCAAAUCUCGGUCGGGUUGUAGAACCUGCAAGAUCCGCCGAGUCAAAUGUGGUGAAGAGAAGCCAACGUGUCUCCGCUGUUCCAGUACGGGACGAGGAUGCGAAUAUGAGAAUCGGCUCGGUGCCCAGGGCUCCCCCACACUACCUCUGGUUUCUACUCAAUACUUAUCAGCAUCUCCAAAUUCAGGCAGCCGGGAGCGUCGCGCGUUUGAAUAUUACUUCCAGCAUACCGCCCAGCAUCUGGCGGGUGGUAUGCAAGUCGACUUUUGGACGAAAGUAAUUCCCCAGAUUUCUCGCAGUGAGCCGGCGAUAUGGGAUGGUAUUAUCGCAAUUAGUGCCUUAUUCGAACAUCCCAACCAGAGUUUGGACUUUCCUCUUGUGAGAAACCAUCGCAAAGGCUCACACGCCCUCGAUCAGAUCCAACAAGAGGCAUUGUCAUGGUACUCGCGAUCAAUAUCUACAGUUCAUUCACGGAUUAACCGUGGCUGCGCGGAUCCAUAUCUCGCUCUAAUUAGUUGUGUGCUAUUCAUCUGUGUGGAGACGAUUCAGGGGCGCUUGGAAGAAGCCUUGCAGCUCUUCCACCAAGGUGUGGCCUUGAUCAGUGAUCUUCGCACUCAAAUCAGUCAUGGAAAUGUGUCCCUCAGCAAGGCUUCUCUUUUAGAGCACACGAUAAUUCCUCUCUUCUUGCGAAUGGGAUCAUUAUCUCUUACUAUUUCAGGCACGCAGCCCAGUGAAAUCUUUUCUUUUGCCGAAAGCCAUACUAGCGGCUUUUUAUCCAUUGAGCAUGCCAGAUCUACCAUGGUUAUUCUUGCCGCAGAAGUUAUUCUCUUUGAACGCGAGGCAGGCAUGUAUCGGAGGGCAACUGAUGCGGAUUCGGUGGUGGACAUCGCGAUCGUUGCAAGAGAACAAGCGCUUCGAGCCAGGCUUGCCAAGUGGUAUGCGUCUUAUACAGAGCUUCGCCGCAAUUAUUGCCCCAUUAUUGAAUCCGACCCAUUGCUACUCUCAUACCACGCUGCGGCUUCGAUCACUCUUACUGGAUGUUUGACGUCGCUAGAAAUGGUGUUUGACGCCCACCUUGCAGACUUUUCAGUCAUUGUCGAGCAGGCCACUUUAAUCCUCAACGCAUCGAGACGACCAGACGGCUCCCAGCCACCAUUUAUAUUUGAGCCUGGUGUCGGCGUUCCACUGUUUCUAACGGCCCUUAAAUGCCGUCACCCAGGCUUGCGGCGCAGAGCUCUGCAACUAUUACGAGAGGCACCUCCGAUGCAAGGGUUCUUCAAUUGUCCGCCUGUUGCUCUCAUGGCAGGAACAAUUAUGAUGCUGGAAGAAAGUUACAGUACUUCAACAGUCGCUGGAAGCAUUGAGAAUUCUGAUAUGGACAGCCCAUUCUCGCUACCGAUGCUCCAGACGAAGUCACAAAUAUCGGUCCCUGAAGAAGCCCGCAUUAGUUAUUAUUGCAUUUUCAGACCUCAAGAGUGGUGUCCUCCAGGUGUUAGUCUGGAGGACAUUUCCAGGUUUGGCUGCGGUCCGGAUCAUCUCUUUUUACACUUUUCAAGGAACCGAUUCGACAGUGAUAGCAACGCUUGGCGACGAUUUUUCGAAUGUGUACCACUGGGUGAUAUUCCAUAA